AGCAAUCUCGACUGAGAGGAUUACUUCUCCGUAGGCCAUUUGCCCAGGUACAGAAUGAGCACAUGUUGUUGGUGUACACCAGGUGGUAUUUCCACCAUUGACUUCCUAAAACGCUAUGCGUCCAACACCCUAUCCAGUGAAUUUCAAACAGUUAAUGAAGACCUCUGCUACUGCUUAGAGUGUGUGGCUGAAUACCACAGAGCAAGAGAUGAAUUGCCAUUCUUGCAUGAGGCUUUAUGGGAAUUAGAAACCUUACGUCUCAUAAAUCACUUUGAAAAAUCCAUGAAGGCAGAAAUUGGAGAUGAUGAUGAGUUAUAUAUAGUAGACAACAACGGAGAGGCACAGCUAUUUGACUUUUCUGGCCAAGACUUUGAAAAUAAGCUUCGAGUUCCUCUUCUUGAAAUACUGAAAUAUCCUUACUUGCUUCUACAUGAGCGUGUUAACGAAUUAUGUGUUGAAGCACUUUGUCGAAUGGAACAAGCCAAUUGCUCUUUUCAGGUUUUUGACAAACAUCCUGGGAUCUAUUUGUUUUUGGUCCAUCCCAAUGAAAUGGUUCGGCGUUGGGCUAUCCUGACUGCAAGAAACUUGGGAAAAGUGGACAGAGAUGAUUAUUAUGACUUACAGGAGGUUUUAACUUGCCUUUUUAAAGUCAUUGAACUGGGGCUUUUAGAAAGUCCAGACAUUUAUACUUCUUCUGUCCUUGAGAAGGGUAAAUUGAUUCUUCUGCCUUCACACAUGUAUGAUACUACCAACUACAAAAACUAUUGGUUAGGUAUUUGUAUGUUGCUGACCAUUCUUGAGGAGCAAGCCAUGGAUUCACUGUUGUUGGGAUCAGACAAACAAAAUGAUUUUAUGCAAUCAAUACUUCACACCAUGGAGAGACAAUCAAAUGAUGAUAGUAUGGAUCCUUUCUGGCCAGCAUUACAUUGCUUCAUGGUGAUUCUGGAUCGCCUUGGAUCUAAGGUCUGGGGUCAACUUAUUGAUCCUGUUGAGGCAUUUCAAACCAUUAUCAACAAUGUGAGCUAUAACAGAGAGAUCCAGAAUAUACGGAACAGCUCUGUAAGGACCAAGUCAGAACCAGUGUCAUAUUUGGAUGAUAUGGUGACUUGCAGCCAGAUUGUAUACAAUUAUAAUCCUGAAAAAACCAAAAAGGAUUCAGGGUGGAGAUCAGCCAUUUGUCCAGAUUAUUGUCCUAACAUGUAUGAAGAAAUGGAAACAUUAGCCAGUGUACUUCAGUCAGAUAUUGGUCAAGACAUGCGUGUUCAUAACAGCACAUUUCUGUGGUUCAUACCUUUUGUUCAGUCCCUCAUGGAUCUUAAGGAUUUGGGUGUGGCUUAUAUAGUAGAAGUUAUUCAUCAUCUGCAUUCUGAAGUCAAAGAUGUUCUCAACCAAACAGAUGCUGUGUGUGACAAAGUCACUGAAUUUUUCCUUUUGAUUUUGGUGUCAGUGAUUGAAUUGCAUAGAAAUAAAAAAUGUUUGCAUUUGCUGUGGGUUAGUUCUCAGCAAUGGGUAGAAGCUGUUGUAAAAUGUGCCAAGCUUCCUACCACUGCAUUUGCACGGAGUUCUGAGAAAUCAGGAAAUUGCUCCAAAGGAACAGCAAUUAUAUCAUCACUGUCGUUGCAUCCAGUGCAAUCUAACUCUGUACAACUUGCUUGUGUGCAGUUGAUUAGAAGUCUCCUUAAAGAAGGUUAUCAGCUUGGGCAGCAAACUCUUUGUAAGCGAUUCUGGGAUAAGCUUAACUUAUUCCUUCGAGGAAAUUUAUCUCUAGGUUGGCAGUUGACUAGUCAGGAAACCCAUGAGUUACAAACUUGUUUAAAGCAAAUUAUUAGAAACAUAAAAUUCAAAGUACCUCAGUGUAGCACUUUUAUGGAUCUGACUCCUGCAUGUAAAACUCCUCCUGCAUCUUAUAAUAAAGGGGAAAGUGAACAAAUAGGUAAGAAGUUUAAAAAAGGAAUGCAUUGUCCGGAAAAUUCCAGCCCAACAUUUUCUAAAGAUCCGAUCAAAGCUGACACAUAUCAAGUGCAACGGAGUAUAUUGAUGAAAGCAAGCAACACUCUAGAAGAAGAGGAUGAGAAGCACAAUUAUAUAAGGGAAUUGAAACCAGAAGAUCAUUCCUCAGCUGAGUCAUGCUUUAAGCAGAGUAGUAAAAGCCUUUUUACUGAAAGAGCUCAAGAUCAAAUUAAAAUAAAUACACAGAAGAAGUCUGUUAAAGAGAACUCCUCAUAUACACCACAGAAUUGUACUUCAAGAAAGGGUCCAGGAAGGGGAUGUGACAGAGGAGUAAUAGUAUCAACACAUUUGUUGACUGAUUGUAGCACUGAUUCUCUGGAAAAAUUGUCCACAUCAACCGAGGAUUUCUCUUUAAAGGACGAUGCUCUUGGUAAAACUUCAAAACUGAAAACUAAGGCGCAGAAAGAUACAAUUUGUGCAAAGCUAUCACAUGUGAUAAAGAAGCAACACAGGAAAAGUACUUUGGUCAGUAACGCUAUCAGUUUAGAAGAAGAUCUGACUGUGUCUAACAUUGGGAGUUUCUGUUCAAGGAAAGAUACAGGAGUUCAGAAAGGGGACGGCUCCAUAGAAAAUCUGUCUUUAGACCGUAAUGGUAUUCUGAAUGAUAAUAAAAAUGAAGAACAAAAAUCUCAAAACAGUUUAUUGGUGAAAAAGAAACAAUUAAAGAAUGAAGAGUUAGAUACUUUCUCUUCCCAUGAAAGCAGUUGUCAAAUACAGGAAUGUCAUGUUGAUGAUCAAGAUUUGGUCUCAUUUACAGAAAUGACCAAUACUCUAGUGAAGAAAACUCCCUUUAAAGAUCCUGUGACUCUUCUUGAAUUAAGAGAUAAGGAAAUGAACAAGAGUACUGAUCCAGUUUCUUCUAACUUGGUAAGUGAGCAGGCUGCUGGCAUCAGCCCGAAGUAUGACAUCUUAACAGAUUCUCAGGUAGACAGAGACCUCCACAAAUUAUCUUUAAUAGCUCAAGCCAGUGUUAUUAAGUUUCCAUCAGAUUCAACUCAAAAAAGCUCAUCCCAACUACAAAGAAAAGUAGAUGAUGAUGAAAGAUGUUUUAUAGCAAACCAAAAUAAGGUUGGAGACAGCUGCCAUGGACAGAUUAUCGUUAUUUCAGAUUCUGAUGAUGAUGAUGAUAGUGAUGAAAGAAUUCUAGGGUUUGAGAAACACAUGAAAUGGGACAAAACAUGCACUGAGAAAGAAUGUCCAGAGCAGCAUGCUUCAAUAGUUAAUACUAAUGUAGAAGAGAAACUAAUAAAGGAAGAAAUGACAAAGUCUCUUUCGCAGUUUGAGGAAUCUGAUUCUCAGUUUUUUGAGUUUGAAAGUUCAUCUGAAGUGUUUUCAGUUUGGCAUGAUCAUAAACUAGACAAUUUACUUCAAGAGGAUGAAAAAAAUUCGUAUUUGACUCAUAUCGCCGAUAGCACAAAUGAUUUGGGUUAUGAUACAGAUUAUGUACCUGAAGAGGUUAUUAAAGAAGUAGCAGAGGGUGUUGAAGAAUAUGCAGAACCAUGGAGUAGUAGUAGUUCCGUUGAUGAAUUUUGUGAAAUUGAAGUAAAAAAAUCUAAAAGAAAACGAUUUGAAAAACUUAUUGCUAAAGAUCCUCUAAGGCCUUCAUCUUCUGUCAGAAAUGAGGACCAGUCUGAUAUUCUUAAUGAGAGAGAGCUUACUGAAAAUGAUCUUAAAAGUGUAGACAUACAGACUGCAACUCCCAGUUCAAGUGUUCAGAGAGCCACUGCAGUUUCAACAAAGAAAUCUCCAAAGCUUCGUACUUACUCAAAACCCAUUAGGAAGGUCCAGCUUUCUAAAACUCCUAAGAAAACACAUUCAGAUACCAAAAAAGGACAGAAUAAAAGUUCAAGUUACAUAAGUUGUAGGACAACUCCUGCUAUAGUGCCACCAAAGAAAUUUCGCCAGUGCCCUGAACCAACUUCAACAGCUGAGAAGCUUGGUCUGAAAAAGGCUCCUCGUAAGGCAUUUGAAUUGUCCCAGCGAUCUUUAGAGUGUAUAGUUCAAUUACGUCAUCAUGGCAAAACUGUUGGAGUAGUUGAUACCCCAAAAAAAACUAAAUUAAUUUCUCCUCAGAAACUCUCUGUCAAAAAUAAUAAACUACUAACAAGUCGAGAGCUUCAGUUGCAAAGGCAGAUGAAAUCCAAGUCACAAAAUAGACAAGGACUUUUUGAUUGUGAAGGUACAGGUGCUACAAGAGUAGGGCCACCACAGACAGCACAGAAUUCUGACAUAAUUAUACUAGAAGAGACUCUACUAGAAUCUGAUAGGACAGAUCAUAAUUAUAAAGGAGAAACUGAGAUACUUGCCAACAGUAAUGGAGAACGAUUAAUAAAAUGCAUGCCUUCUGAACCAGAAACCUUAAUAGCAAAAUACAUUUGUCAGGUCACUGAUGAUGCUUGUCUUUUAAACCAGUGUGAUUCUACAGUGUUAGAUGGAGGAAUACCAACGAAUGAACGAAUUGUCUCUACUUCAAAGGACCCUUUAGGUGGAGGAGAUCAAACAGUACAUCAGGUGCAGGUGGCAGCUUUGAAAGAGGGAGAGCCUGAGUCCAACAGUGAUGCAGAGGAUGAUAGUUUAUUUUUAACACAAAAUGAUCCUGAAGAUAUGGAUUUAUGUUCACAAAUGGUAAAUGAUAAUGAUGAAUUCAUUGACAUAGUUCAUGGAAAAGAUACAGUUCAGGUGGAAGAAGAUUCCGUAAGUCGGCCUCAGUUGGAAUCUGUGAGUGGCACAAAGUGUAAGCAGAAAGGUUGUGUUGAAACCCUGAGAAACCAGGGCGAAUACUGCUCAAGACACUCGGAAGCUAAAGCAGCCGAGGAAGAUGUGUUUCGUAAACCUGGCUUGCCACUUUCUACAUCUAAACCUUUGAGACGUUCCACUGCUAAGAUUUUUAGCUCAAGUAGUACUUCACGAAUUGCUAAUCUUUCCAAGUCUUUGGAAGAUAGUUCAGCACUUCCACCAGCUCUAAGAAAUAAGUCAAAUGGGGUGCAGCCUAUUUUGAAAGUACCACAGCCAGCUUCCCUGGUAUCUCAGAAACCAGUGGGUGAAGUGAAGAGUUUGUGCAAUGUUCUUCGUUCUCAGACUCCAAAUAAUUCUAUCCGGCAAGGUUACACGCUUCCAUUUGGUGAAAGCAGGGCUUUUGCAGCAGCUUCAGUAAAUACUGUCUUUUCAUCACAGUCUAUCUGUGACACCUUCGUUAAAGAAGUCUUAAAAUGGAAAUAUGAGAUGUUUCUGAACUUUGAUCAGCGUGGGUCCCCGGCAAGUCUUUGUCAGUCUGUCUCAAGACCUGUGCCUGUCAGAUUUCAAGAUUGUGAAGAUUAUAUUAACGUUUUUUUCCCUUUGGUGGUAUUGAAUACUUUUGAAACAGUGGCACAGGAAUGGGCCAACUCUCCAAAUAAAGAGAACUUCUAUCAUUUGCAUUUAAGAAAAUUUCCUGCUGAUUAUAAAAAAUACUGCGAGUUUGUGGUUUAUCUGGAGGAAUGCGAACUGGCUAAACAGCUUCAUCCAAAGGAAAAUGAUUUGGUGUUUUUGGUUCUUGAAAGACUAAAUGGAGAGAAGAAAGAUAGAGAGAGAAAUUACAUGCAAGAUCUCCGUGAAUAUUACUGUGGUUAUAUUCAUAAAUUUCGUCGUACUUCAGUCACACGUAAUGGGAAAUCUGAGUGUUACCUUUCCAUCCAGACACAAGAUAAUUUGCCAGCCAAUUCGAAUGAACUUGUGAAAUGUGUUGUAGUCAGUUCUCUGGUAACUACACAAAGGAAGUUGAAAGCCAUGUCUCUGUUGGGUGGUCGGAACCAGCUGGCCAGAGCUAUUCUGAAUCCAAACCCCAUGGACUUCUGUACAAAAGAUUUACUGACUACAACAUCUGAGAGAAUUAUUGCCUACCUAAAAGAUUUCAAUGAAGACCAAAAGAAAGCAAUAGAAACUGCAUAUGCCAUGGUGAAACAUUCACCAUCAGUUGCCAAAAUCUGUCUAAUUCAUGGACCACCUGGAACAGGAAAAUCAAAAACUAUUGUUGGCCUCCUGUACCGCUUACUGACAGAGAACCAGAGGAAGGGGCAUUCAGACGAAAACUCCAAUGCCAAAAUCAAACGAAACCGGGUCCUUGUGUGUGCACCUUCUAAUGCAGCUGUUGAUGAACUUAUGAAAAAAAUUAUCCUCGAAUUCAAGGAAAAAUGUAAAGACAAGAAGAAUCCUUUGGGGAACUGUGGAGAUAUAAAUUUAGUACGACUGGGGCCAGAAAGAUCUAUUAAUAAUGAGGUCCUAAAAUUCAGUUUGGACAGCCAAGUUAACCACAGAAUGAAAAAAGAUUUACCUUCUCAUGUUCAGGAAAUGUAUAGAACAAAGGAGUUUCUAGAUCACCAACUAGAUGAGCUUUCCCGCCAGCGAGCUUUAUGUCGAGGUGGACGGGAAAUACAGAGGCGGGAAUUAGAUGAUAAAAUUGCCAAAGUUUCAAAAGAAAGGCAAGAACUUGCUUCUAGAGUUAAAGAGGUUCAAGGACGCCCACAGAAAACACAGAGUAUCAUUAUCUUAGAGUCCCAUAUCAUCUGCUGCACAUUGAGCACAAGUGGUGGUUUACUGCUUGAGUCUGCUUUUCGUGGGCAAGGGGGUGUCCCCUUCAGUUGUGUUAUUGUUGAUGAGGCUGGGCAGUCUUGUGAAGUUGAGACUCUUACUCCGCUCAUCCAUCGCUGCAACAAGCUUAUCCUAGUAGGAGAUCCUAAACAGCUCCCUCCCACAGUCAUUUCUAUGAAGGCUCAGGAACAUGGCUAUGACCAGUCGAUGAUGGCUCGCUUCUACAAACUGCUGGAAGAGAAUGUAGAACAAAACAUGAUUGGCAGACUGCCUGUUAUACAGCUUACUGUUCAGUACAGGAUGCAUCCAGACAUAUGUCUCUUCCCUUCUAAUUAUGUUUAUAACAGAAGCUUGAAAACAAAUAGGCUGACUGAAACCAACCGAUGUUCAUCAGACUGGCCAUUUCAGCCUUACCUUGUGUUUGAUGUUGGAGAUGGUUCAGAAAGACGGGAAAAUGACUCAUAUGUAAAUGUUCAAGAAAUAAAACUGGUGAUGGAAAUAAUUAAGCUUAUUAAAGACAAAAGAAGAGAAGUUAGUUUCCGAAACAUUGGCAUAAUAACCCAUUACAAGGCUCAGAAGACGUUGAUUCAGAAGGAUUUGGACAAAGAGUUUGAUAGAAAAGGGCCAGCAGAAGUAGAUACGGUGGAUGGAUUCCAGGGUCGUCAAAAGGAUUGUGUUAUUGUUACAUGCGUCAGAGCAAAUGCCGUGCAAGGCUCAAUUGGAUUCCUGGCAAGUUUGCAGAGAUUGAAUGUCGCCAUUACACGAGCCAAGUACAGCCUCUUCAUCCUCGGACACUUGAGGACACUGAUGGAAAAUCAGCAUUGGAAUCAGCUGAUUCAGGAUGCUCAGAAACGUGGUGCCAUUAUUAAGACCUGUGACAAAAACUAUAGACAUGAUGCAAUGAAGAUUCUGAAACUCAAGCCUGUGCUACAGAGAAGUCUGACUCAUCCCCCUGCUGUAGCCCCUGAGGUGUCCAGACCCCAGGGUGGUUUGCCCAGCAACAAGCUGGACAGUGGAUUUGCCAAGACAUCUUUUGUUUCUUCUCCGUACCACACACCCUCUGAUUUCAAGGAAGAUACUGUUACUUCGAAGGACCCUGAAAGGACACCUGUUCAGGACCAAAUUCGGGACCCACGACUGCUUAGGAGGAUGGGCACUGAAGCUAAAGGAAAAUUCCUAAGGGAUCCACAGCCCUUGAGCCCCCAGCAUCCUGGCGCAACAUCUCCCUUAGGAGAGCCAGGCUUUCCUGUAACUCACCAGGAUCUGUGUAGUGUUGUGCAGCAGUCCACUGCUACAGUAGCCACUCUGAGCAACCACACACCUUAUGUGCAGUCUGAACCUCCAGCUGCUGGUGCUGAUACUUCCAUGAGGGAGAGGAAGUGUGAUGACCCGGAAGGGGGGCUCAGUCACAGAAGAGAGACCAGGGCUUUCAGUGAAGGGGAGCAGGAGAAGUGUGGCUCUGUGAGGAACUCUAGCUGGGACAAGAGGAGAUGGGAAGAGGAGGACAGCAGUUUCAAGAAAAGAAAGCUUUUAUAAUACAGCCGGAUGGGGUGGACUGUCAGCCACAAGCGUUAUUGUAAAGUUAAGAUGACCCGCCAACAGGACCAUCCAGAUAGGAUUACCCUUUCCUUAAAGGAGUUUGUGUGCUGUUGGAAAACAUGGAAAAUGCAUCCGGACACUUAGCCUCUUGGUCAUCUCAGUCCUUUCUGAUCAGUUGUACAAGCUCUCAGCAGGCAUUUAUGUAUCGGUAGUAAUGUCUUUGAAGCUGGAGACUCCAAAUGUGUUCAUCUCUCAUUCUACAGAAAAGGAGUCAGACCGGAGCGAAUGUUGUAAAAGUUGAAAUGUACAUUUGUAUAGCAAAUAACAAAAUCCUUUUAAAAUUUAA